AUGCCGAGAGGCAGCCACCGAGGGGGAAUUUUCCCCGUUUCUGGGCUCACAUGGGGCAUGAACCGCCCGUACCUAAAGAGAGGUCUUUAUCAGCAUCGGAGAGAUCACAUCUUCACACCGCGCUGGGGCACAAGAACAGCCACUUUGAAUCCGUCCCCGCUUCCUGACGGCAGCACACGGAAAUGGGAAAACGAUGCCUUCAAAGCCUGGCCCCUGCACGGCUGUCCCCACCACGUGAAGCUCUACGCAGUCAAUGAAGCUCGGUACCUGGUUCCUGCAGCGCGCUGUACUGCUGGCCCUGAGAUCACCCAGUAUAUCCUCAAUCAACUCGACCCUGGAGGCGGGGGGAGGAACUACAGUGGUGUCGGCCGGCCAGAUGUGCGCUUGCCCCUCGCCAAGCCAGCCGCGCCUUCGACGAGUCACUUGCCGCACCAUCUCGUUCAGAUUGCCCGCCACGUCAUGGGCGAGGCAGGCGAGAGAGCCCGACGGAAGGCGCUUUCUUUUGCUUCUUCGCUCUCUGACCAAGGCUUCUCGCCGGACGUUUUCGAUCCCUUUGGAACUCCCCUUACAGAGCGAAGCAGAAUCAAGCGGCUGUACAACCUCGUCUGCGAGGCUGACGCGUGGCGGGUGAAACCGGACUCUCGAGGCGGGCGAGCUGUCUUCGCCGACGCAGUCAACGCGUUUCCCUUCGUUGACGAGAAAGCGGCGCUGGUGCGCGACUUGCCUCUGGCCGAGAUCCUGUACUCGCGGCACACCCAUCGGCUGCAGAGUCGCCGCCAUCCCUUCUGGAUCGACAUGGGCUACAAGAAGCGGAGAGUCCGAAUCCCGUACCUCUACAGGCGGCGCGUCGCGAAGGAGGAGGCACAGGAACGCGAGUUCGGGCUCUCUCGCACGCAUGGAGCUCAGAUCUCAGGUGUUUGA